UUCGUUGAUUUUAUCCCAUACUGGCUUAGAUAGGCCAUUCAUAGAGACGUGUCUGUUUCAAUUAUCAAAUCUAGUGUAAACUAUUAGACCAGGAAUAAUUAUGGAAGGAGAAGCCGAAGCACCUAUCACCGAAGAGGAGAGGAAAGUUGUUCAGGAAUUCAACUAUUUACACGAGAAAUCGAAGCAGCUGUUCAAUGGAUUGAGGGAUCUGCCACAGUAUGGGCACAAGCAAUGGCAAUCUUACUUUGCCCGAACAUUUGAUGUGUACACCAAAUUGUGGAAAUUCCAACAGCAAAAUAGGCAAACUUUGGAUCUGAGGUAUGGUUUGAAGAGAUGGCAGAUCGGAGAGAUUGCUUCUAAAAUUGGUCAGCUGUAUUACCACUACUACUUGAGGACCAGUGAAACUAAUUAUCUCCAUGAAGCCUUCUCAUUCUACCUUGCUAUACGAGCGAGAGGCUACUUCUCAAAAGUAAACAGGGAGAAAAGUCCAGAACUGAUGGUGAAGAAACUACGAUACUAUGCCAGAGUAAUUGUGGUUAGUCUUUUAUUACGGAAGAUGGACUUGGUCAAGGAUCUAGUGAAGGAUUUGAGUAGGAAUCUAGAAGAGUAUCGGUCUAACUACAAUGCUGAGGAUCAGCCUGAAUGGGACCUGGUGCUUGGUGAAAUUGAGGCCUUUAUUGAUGCCGAUGAGAGCAUACGUGUGUUAGAUGAGCAAGCUGUGGCACAAGUACAGACUCAUCGUCUUACGGAAAGCAUUGUUCCAGCCAAGGACCCUGCCAUCACCAGUGAGCUCUCUCUCCAAGAGGCCAUCAUCGUAGGAAACUGUUCCCACCAGGUGAAAUUCAGUGAGUUGACCCUUGAUAUGUACAGGAUGUUACAGACGUUAGAGAGGGAACCUACGCUGAGGGAAGAGAAUUCAACCAAGGACCAAGGCCAAAUCAAGAGGCAGAACCCUCACAAGUAUCUUCUCUAUAAGCCAUCAUUUGACCAGUUCUACACAUUCAUGUCUGCGGGAAUUAAGGAAAUCCCAGCUAAUUCUGUGCUCCUGGUGUACCUAGCGGCAAGCGCCAGUACGCCAGGGAAACCGGACAGUGACGGGGCGUACGACCUGGGGGGCGUGGCCACUAAUCCGAAGAAGGAGAAUGGAGAAAACCAUGUCAAGAGAUCCACCCACCUCAAAGAUAUUCAUUGUAUUCAUCCUGGUGACUUGUAUCCGUUCUUAAGAAAACCUCUCUUCAUCAUAGUUGACAGUCCUAAUGCACAUGCAUUUACCAACAUUCCUAACCUGUUUGGCCAGCCCACCAUCUGCCUCAUGUCACCGAUCCAGCUACCCGUCACCAUCCAGGACAACGCCCCUCACAAGGGCAACCUCUUCACCCACUUCCUCCACUCGCCCCUGGCUGCCUUCUGCUAUGCCUGCGACAUCACCGACGUCCCCUGCCUCCUCUGGGCCAACUGCCAGGCCAUGGUCCAGAAGAUCAUCGAGGAGGGCCACAUCCAGAUCGUCAAGUCCAAGACAAUCGAUCAUGUAUAUAAGCAAUUCUUCAGUGAUGAGUUUUUGAGGUUAUUGGUGACAAGAUUUAUAUUCUGCUAUGGAGCUUUGAGAUACCAUAGAGGAUUCAAGGAUGACAGCUACUACCCACGGAGCAACCCCAGCCUUCUUGGCCAUGACAUCCUCGAGAGCACACUCCUACACAAGCAGAUCCUUGACCUUGCCUCCAUGCUUGAUGUGAGGGCGCUCUUCCUUGAAUUCGGAGAGAUUGAAUGAUCCGCCACUGUCCCUAUUCACACCGGACAGAUAUACCCUAGACCAGAUUGCUGACUGUACCCGUGUUGCCAAGAGUCAAUCAGAUUGGAGUCAGUGGGUCUCUUUGCCGGUUUAGUGGUGUCAUAGAAGUAUUAGCCAUUGACUCUGAGCAGAAGUGCUUUAUGGACGAAUGAUUUUAUGCAUUUUCUCAGAAAUAAUGGUUCUUUAUGGGUGAAUGUAACCAGAGGACAUUCAUCUGUGGUGUCUUUGAAAUAUAUUUAUUGAUGGAAUGGACACACUAAAACCCAGGUGGUCUUAGCUGCACAGUAUUAAAAUUCAUCAUUGCCAUAUAUACUGUAUAAAUGCACCAUGCGUCGAGUCAAUAUUUUGUUCGGUCCUGUGUUUUCCCCGAUGGUUAAUGCUGAUUUUGAGUCAGUCGGUACAUGUGUACUUGUAAUGCUGUUGAUGCUGCUCUCUUGAAAUUAUCUGUGGAUAGUCCGUCAUUCGUGCUCUGUCAUGACUUGUGAUAAUUAUUUAUAACAUCCAAAAAAUCAGGGCCAUUCAAUUCAAUUGAAUGUCCUUAUUUUCAUUAGAGCUUUUGAUGAGUAGGUGUAAUGUCAAUUCAUUGAGGAAUUAUUAAAAAGAAUGGGAUUGAGGCUGGUCCCAGAGCAUAUGUGGUUAUUUGAGCCCCAUAAAGUUUAUUCAUUGGUUAAUCCGUCAAUUUUUGUGAUUCAUACUUAAAGUGGAAGUGCACCUGAACAACAAGUUGGCUUUAAUAAAAGUAAAACAAUUUGAGAAUUAAAUUGGAGUUAUGAAUUUUUUAAGUUAUGAUUUUGUGUCGUCACAAACAAGCAGAUCCACCAUAUAUUUUGUGAUGUAAAUUCCCCAAAAUGCCAUUUUCUCAAAAAAUGGAUACAAUAUAUCAUCAGACAAACUAUUUCAUACCACCUUCUGUAGGAAAAAAUAUUUUUAUUCAUUAUGAUCCAUUAAAAAAAAAGGAAUUUAUAGAAAUCAUAUUACCUAAAGUAUGUGGGUGCUUCUUAUUCUGUGAUGGAUUAUCAUCAAACCUUUACCAACAUUUUCGCUAAUUCAUCUGCUUUCAAUCAAACCAAUUUGUUUCCAGGGUGAACUUCCCCUUUAAAGCAUCGAUCUCCUUAAAAAUCAAUCGUAUGCUCAAUUUCUGACUUGGGUCUUCAUUUUGAACUGAAUCAUGAAUAUAAAGUGUUAUGAUAUUUUUUUAUCCUGUGAUUACUUGAUCGCCAGUAAAUUUCCCAAAUGGUAUACUUUGGGGUGAGCAUCUUUUCUAUAGUCACCCCUAGAUUUGCUGCAAUACUCAAGACAUAUAGCAGAAUAGUGAUGAAUGGUACAGAAUUACUUGGUUUGUAAUCAAUGUAAAAAGAGAAAACAGCCCCUAGAAAAAUAGAAUUAAUUCUUCUCUGCAGAUGGAAUGUUAACAGUGUAUCAAGAAAGACUUCAAAUAUUUUGAAGCACUAUGCAUCAUGUCUGCUGGCUGGAAUCAUAAUACAUGCUGAUAAUACAUUUUUGAAAUGGUUUACUGAAAUGUUAAGUGGUGACUUCUCCGCCCUUCAUGAUUUUCCUUCAAUGUAAUAUCAUUAUUUCCAUUAUUUCAAAGAUGAUUAUCACUGUUAAAGUAAUCUGUAGGCCUAUUGUACUGCAAUAUUUGUGAAGCUGCAUCAUGGACAGAUACUUCUUUUUAUUUUUUGUUCUCAUUUCUAUCAUUCAAUGUUGAUUUGAUAUUGCUUUUUAAAAAGCAAUCUUGAUAAUCAGGAGCCUUUUAACUUUAUAGGCUGUAUUUAUCUGAAGUGUUUGUUCCUAGAUUACAAUGGAAAUGGGUUUAAUUUAAAAAUACCCCCAAAAGAUAUGAUUAUUUAUAUGUUACUUGAAAGUGAAUAUCAAUUGCACUCUUAUCUGCAAAGGUCCGACACAUAGUAUGAAGCUUUGUUAAUGAAGUAAACAUUUCCAGGAGUUGCCAAAAUGUUUGAUAUAACAUUUUACAUGUAUAAAGGUAUUGUUGUUUGUUUAUAUGGACAUGUCAUAUCUGCACACCAUUGCUCUUUCCUCAUAAUAUAAUUGAGAAUUCUUGAAUACUGUAUUUUAGAAUGUCAGUGUUUACCUUAAAAUUCAUACAAACAGAACUUUUUGGAGCAAACGAUUAUAUGGAAAAAUAUAAAAUAUCUAUUUUCAAUACCCAUUAUUUCACAUUUUGUACUAUGAAAUAGUAAUGACAGCACCAAUUGUACGGUACUAGCCCAUAUGAGAUUUUGAUGCACAACUCAGCUUACAUGUGGCAUUUUUGUAAAUAGCAUCAUUAAAUUAUACCUAAUAAAUUCUUGUUCUGUAUAUAAUGUGGAAAUAAA